CCACCUCAACCCCAAGAUGGCUACCGAAAAGGAUACAUUACGACAAUUUGAUAUGGAUGGAGACGGUAUCAGAUAUAAAUCUGCCGGCCUAUGAAUGCAUCUAAAUUAUAUAACUAUUGGAAUAGGGGUCUGGUUAAGUGUCUCAUCUAAGUCUCCCUAUCCCAGCUUAUACCCCGCGCAAAAAAAUCACCAUGGCUAGUGCUUUAGUCUCAAAUGCUCCUACAGAUAUUUCGGCCACAGAACAUGCCUUUUCUGCUCGUCGAGCAGCGGACUGGUCGGACUAUCUAGCCAGCCGCCCAGCUUAUCCACCCUCGUUCUUCCAGCGAAUCUACGACUAUCAUGGCCAAAAGGCUGGUGCAGCUUGGUCCGUAGCCCAUGACAUCGGUGCCGGCUGUGGAAUUGUAUCCUCAGUUCUUGCUGGUCAUUUAGAUCAGGUUGUCGUCUCGGACCCUAACGACGGAUAUACUACGGUCGCUCGAGAUCUGCUUGUCGAAAAGUCAUUGCUCCCCGAGUCGAAAUUCAGAUUCCUCCAAGAGACUGCGGAGCAAAGUUCGGUGGAGUCAGGGGCUGUCGAUUUGAUCGCCGCCUGUGAGUGUAUCCACUGGACCACGCCAGACAUUGCUAUCAGGGAAUUCUGGAGGCAGCUCAAGCCUGGUGGGACGCUUACUAUCACGUACUAUACUCGUCCGCUCAUUGAGGCAAGUGAAGAGGCCAUAAAAGCGUGGAAUGCUCUCUGGGACGCCUUUUCGAAGAAGCAUAUAAGCGGGCUAGGCGAUAAGGCCUAUAAAAUAUUUAAUACCGCCCUGGAAAGCCUAGAGUUCCCCGAGGAAGAUUGGGAGGCGGUAAAAAGGAUAUACAUCAAUGCCCAGGGGGCUCUAGAGGGGUUUAAGCUCGACAAUAGGACAAGCGAAAGUAAGGUCAAGGAAAGUGAGGAGAGGAUCUAGACGGAAGAUGAGGAUUGGUGCGGCAUGUGUGGCAUCGAGGGGUUCAAAGCGUAUUUUGCUACCUGGGAACCGCGCAUCCCGGAGUACGAACUGUCAGACCUUUGGGAUGAGUUGGAGCACGCUUUAGAAGGGAAGCACGUUAAAACUAAGACACCGGUUGUGAUAAUAUUAGCUACGAAGAGAAUAGAGGGGGUCCUGGAUAUACUCGCUACUCAUAUUGAAGAUACAUAGUGCCAUGUUGGAAGGUAUCAGGAAUUCAUGCUGAGAAGGAAAUCUUUCGAUUGCCAAAAUUAAAAGCCUACAUUACACGGGAGAUAUAAAUAGGAGGUACUUAGGUGCCUAUAAGGAUCUAAUAGAUGUAUGGGAAGUAAAUUUGGACUCUAAUUAUUAAGGAAAGUGGUAUUCAAUG